UUGGAGAAGUUGGGGCCUUGUGAGCCUUUUGCUUUUGGGAGGGGUGGGAAAGGAGGCCGAGCAGCAAGACCAGCCCGUUCUAAUCCCAAUCCCAAAAUCCAAUAUAAUAAUCUUGUUCAAUAAAGCAACCCAAGAAGAGAAAGUCGGACAUGCCUAUCCAGUCAAUCAAUCAAUCACCUAGCCAGUCACUCCAGUUAAUAUCAACUGAGUGGGAAUCGAACCCGGACCAAGCUGCAAGCACCAGCCUCUUCUCUUCUCCAGAACUCCUCUUCCGUCUUUCAUACGAACAUGUCAUUUCAUUACCAUUGGACAACACGGUACUCCGUAAACACAGCCUUUUUCAUUUCUUGCUGGGGUUUGUAUGGCUGACUACGAGUCUACGGCGGCUCUUUUGGGUUGCUGUCACCGAGCCUAUAAUAAUCCCGCCGGACCAGCCCAGAAAAGAAGCAGAAGAAGCAAAUGAAGAAGAAAAGGGCACCAUUGGCCGUUGGAACCACCGAAUACCGUCCCAUGGCCAGGGGCCCAGGGGUGCGAAGCAGCGAAAAGAAGCACAAGGCAAGGUAUUGCCUGGGUGCCUUGCUCGCCGCAAUUACACGCAGCGUCCACACAUCCGAACUCCGUAGGUACCCUCCGACUACUUUUGUCGCUUCUCAACUUUCUCGUACUUCUCUGUAUGGACUCAUGGAGUAUGGAACUGACUUCGACUGAGGUCAUGAUGGUUUCUUUCUAAUGCUCGUCAGCG